UCCACCAAGUCUGGCAAGCAGGCCAAUGCUGCUGCCAAGUCGGCCCUCCGUGGCUCGUAUGCGAACAAGAAGCGAGCGGUCAGGACAAGCACCAGCUUCCAUCGCCCCAAGACCCUCGAGCUGUCCCGCGCGGGCAAGUACCCUCGCAAGUCGGUUCCUCAUGAGCCUCGCAUGGAUGCCUCCAAGGUUCUCAUCCACCCGCUCAACACCGAGUCCGCCAUGAAGAAGAUCGAGGAGAACAACACGCUCGUCUUCAUUGUCAAUGUCAAGGCCAACAAGCGCCAGAUCGCCGCUGCCCUCAAGAAGCAGUACGAUGUUAGCUGCGUCAAGAUUAACACCCUCAUCCGACCGGACGGCUCAAAGAAGGCUUUCGCUCGCCUGACUGCCGAUGUCGACGCUCUCGACAUUGCGGCUACCAAGCUCGCCAUUGUUUAA